UCCGGGAGGGGCCCCGGUGCUGCCGGGGGAUUCGAGAGUGGCGGCGGCUACUGAGCGACGGGCAGGUCAGGCCGCGGUGAGGAACGCCCCGAGCGCGCGCCCGGCGAGUGGCGGCCUCACCAGCCGCAUUGCCACCCUGCCGCGCGUGAGGGGGCGGAGGGCGGGGCUCGAGGCCCGUGGCGCCGGGAGAUGCGGGCGGCUGCAGGCACGCGGCGAGGCCGCCGCUGCCUUCUCAGGUCCCUCUGCGGGGAUCGCCGCGGCUACCGCGCAGUCCUUGAGUUGCUAGCCUGAGGAGAAACCGGCAGUGAAAUCGAGCGCCGCAUUCGAGGUCGAGAAGGAUCUGCGUGGACGGCCGGCCUAUUGCUAUGGACAGUGCCAUCACUCUGUGGCAGUUCCUCCUUCAGCUCCUGCAGGAGCCUCAGAAUGAGCAUGUGAUCUGCUGGACCUCUAACAAUGGGGAGUUCAAGCUUCUGCAGGCAGAGGAGGUGGCUCGUCUCUGGGGGAUUCGCAAGAACAAGCCUAACAUGAAUUAUGAUAAGCUCAGCAGAGCCCUGAGAUACUACUAUGUAAAGAACAUCAUUAAGAAAGUAAAUGGUCAGAAGUUUGUGUACAAGUUUGUCUCUUAUCCAGAGAUUUUGAAAAUGGAUCCAGUGACAGUGGGCAGGAUUGAGGGAGACUAUGAAACUUUAAAUUCCAGCGAAGCCAGCAGUUCCAGAGAUACAGAGAAUGGAGGGAAAGAGAAGCCACCUCAGCCUGGUGCCAAGACAUCGAGUCGCAAUGACUACAUUCACUCUGGUUUGUACUCCUCAUUUACUCUCAACUCUCUGAACACCUCCAAUAAGAAGCUUUUCAAGUCAAUAAAGAUAGAGAAUCCAGCUGAAAAACUGGCAGAGAAAAAAUCUAAGGAGCCCACACCAUCUGUCAUCAAAUUUGUAACAACACCGGCCAAAAAGCCCCCCAUCGAAUCUGUUGCUGUUGCCUUUUCAACCAGCCCAAGUAUUUCUCCAUCCUCUGAAGAAACUAUCGAAGUGUUAGAGACAUUGGUUUCUCCCAAACUGCCUUCUCUGGAAGCUCCAACCUCCACAUCUACUCUGACUACCAUCUUUAGCCCCACACCUCCAGUUCUGUCCAUGCCCCUUCCUGUGAAGGAGCCUCCCAGGACACCCUCUCCACCUGCACCACUGAGCUGUAACCCAGACAUUGACACAGACAUUGAAUCAGUGGCUUCUCAGCCAAUGGAACUUCCAGAGAACCUGCCACUGGAGCCUAAAAAUGAGGAUUCAGCUUUGCCAGAAAAGGACAAAACAAAUACUUCCUCAAGAUCCAAGAAGCCCAAAGGAUUGGAACUGGCACCAACUCUUGUGAUCACAGGCAGUGACCCCAGCCCCCUGGGAAUCUUAAGCCCAUCUCUCCCAACAGCUUCUCUUACACCAGCACUCUUUUCCCAGACACCCAUCUUGCUGACUCCAAGCCCCCUGCUCUCCAGUAUCCACUUUUGGAGCACUCUCAGCCCGUUUGCUCCCCUGAGCCCGGCCAGACUGCAAGGUGCUAAUACGCUUUUCCAGUUUCCUUCUGUACUGAACAGUCAUGGGCCAUUCACUCUGUCUGGUUUGGAUGGACCUUCUACUCCUGGCCCAUUUUCCCCAGACCUACAGAAGACAUAACCAGUGCAGUUGUGGACGGAGAGACCAAAGAACUAAGAAACAGAUACGCAACAUGAUUUGGUUUGGUCAUAAUAGACUUGUGAUUUUUGCCCUUUCUCACUGAAAGGCCUUUUCAGGAUUCUCUUUGAUAGAGCUCAAAAGUUGGACUGCGUAUAAAAAUGCCUUAAUUGGAACCCAAACUACACCUCACAUUUUUUGUUUUUUAAGCUUUGUAUAAAAUAAUUAUUGGUAAGGUUCAACAGCUAUGCUUUGUAAGAAUGCUUGAGAAAAGUUAUUGUUCCUAGCUGUCUGGACCCUUUGGCCAGGGAAAAGAAAUUAGAAUCUGUUAUUUGGAUUGUUUUUAUAUAGAUCAGAAUCUGUAUAAAAAGAAAUACUUGUUAGCUGAACAUGAUGGCUCAGUUCUGUAACCCAGCACCUGGGAGACUGAGACAGGCGAUCACCAACCAAGAGUUGAGGCCAGCCUGGGUGGCAUGAGGCUCUGUCUCAAAGAGACAAAAACAAGAAAUACUAGUUAAAUGAAAUGGUGGUAUCUUUAGUCUGUAAGUAUGCUCUGUUGAAGGCCAGAAGUGAGUUACUCAUAAGGUCAGGAGAGAGAAUCAUUCCUAGUUGUACAAAGAUUGGGACAUCAUUACCACUGGGAAGGUUCUGUUUUGCUGUGAACUCUGAUUUGGUAAGCAACUUCAGAAAGCAUCACUUUUGUAAACAACACUUUGUCCUGAGUUGGUCUCUGAGCCAUACGUAUGAGGGUGUCUGAACCUGUCACUGUGGCACAGAGCUGUUUCAAUGGAAGAUGUUUAGAGCUCAUGUUCAUGUGGCUUUUAGAACAUCUAGCGAGAAUAUGGAGCGCCACAUCUAGUACAGUGUGAUUAUGUACUUGUGCAACACAGCAUGGUAACUGCUUUUAGGAAAAUAGGUUUGAAAAUUAGAAGCAAGUAAAAGAUUCAGUUGAAUAUCUCAAAACAUCAGGUGGGCCUUUUUUCCAGUUAGACAACACUCAGAAUGACAGACCUGUUUCUGUUCAUUUUACCCACUUCUGCUAUGUAUUUAUCAUGUUGUGUUUUGAAUAUGAGGUUGGUGAGGUUGCAACAGUGUUCAAAUGUAAUUAGGAAAGUGGAUUGCAAAGUGAGAUAAGGAUGUGCUUAUUUCUAAAAUUUUUUUUUAAUUCCGGGAAGAUCAGAUUGCACUUGAUACUUCUUAUACACAGGAAUUCAAUUAUUUAUGUCAGCAAUGAGAAACAGCCUUCAUCUGCAUAUUGUCACAUUUUUAGACUAUUACUCUGUCACAAAUCAGAUCAGAGGCAGACGGAUACAGUGAUCUUUCAAACUGAAUUGAUACCAAUAUCACAGUGGAAUCUUGAAAACUUUGACUUUAAAGUCACAUCCUCUCCAUGCCCAUUAACUGCUAGACAUGUCCUGAAUGGAAUGAAGAAGAAAGGCCUUGUGGGCACAGAACGACAGAUGCAGAGCGAGCAUACAUUUGCUGUCCAGUGCAGAGAUGCUCUUCUGAGGUGUGUGCUGGCUUGUUGGUAGUGGAGGGCAACAGCAUGCUGCCUUUAAGGGGCAGUUGGAGAACUGUUACUGGUUCAUUUGUGGUUAUCUAAAAGUUCUGUUCCCAUGAUGUGCAAUAGUAGUGUUGAAAGGUAGUGUUCAGUAUGAUGGGAACAGAUAUUGUAAGAGGCUUUCUUCCCUUGUUGAAUUAUUUAGUUUGCAUGCCUGUUUGAAAUUAGACCCCUCAGCAGCACUUUGUAAUAAUUUUAUUAGGUUAACAUUUUGUAUAUUAAGUAAAUAUUGAUGGUUGACUUAACUAGAUGUUUUAAAUUCUAAGAACAUAAAAAUAUUUUAUCUUUUUGAAUUAAAGGAGAAAAGCCAUUUGUUUCUUUUCACAGAUGAUAUAUUUGAUAAUUUACUGUCUUAGCAUAGAGGUGCCUUGGAACCAAGGGUACCAUUCAACUCAGGCUGGGCAUGGUGGCACACGUGGUGGCACACACCUGUCAUCUCAGCAUAGAGAGCAUCAAGAAUCAAGGACAGCCUCAGUUAUAUGAGUUUGAGCUUGAGCUACAUGAGACCGUGGCUCAAAACACACACACACACCCUCAGUAAGAGCACUGUGAGCCCUCUUUCUGUGAGCCUGAGUGAGUCUCUGGGGAGAUGUGAGGCCUUAGGAAGAGAUGAAUCUGCUUUCUUGUUGAGAUCCAUAGAUGUGGGGAAGCAGUGCAUGCAUGUGUUUGUGUCCCUUUUUAAGUCACGUUUAUAACCUUGGUGUGUGGUAGGCGGAUAGUUCUAUUUACAGACUAUUUCCUUCCUGGAAAAGUCUCAGCUUUGUAUUCGUUUGAAUAGCCAUAGAAUUCUUCUUAGCAUCAAAAGCUGACUUAGGGUCAGUGUUCACUGGAGAGAUUUCUGUAGGUGCAACUGGUAUCUGUCAUCAGUCACCUUGCUAGAGAAGUCUUGAGCUUGUAAGGUUUGUUGGCUUCUUUCAUUAGUCCCUUGUGGGUUUCAAGCCUCAACCUUGGAGCUGAGAAGCCUGCACUCUGUGGCUUAGAGCAGCCAUAAGCCAUUGUACUUACUCCCUGGUGGCUUAAUACCAGCUGUCCUUUUCUUUUACUCAUACGCUGAGGUUUUAAAAAUAUAAAGUUUAAAAUGUCAGAGCUGACCUCAGUAAUCCUUUAAUCAUUUCUCAUAGUGCUAUUGUGAUGUUAUGGUCCUUGUGGCAUAUUGUGUUUGAAUAAAGGUAAAAAUUCAAUUUAUUAAAAAAAUACAGAAAAAUAAUUGAAUUUAGAACUCUUCAAAGGGUCCACUCUAAACUUCAUAGAGUUAAAAUAUAAGUUUAUUUCUCUCCACAUUUUGAUAGUUAAAAUAUAGGUAUAAUUUCUUCCCCUUUUUUGUCUUUGUUUUUUUACUUGCUUUUUUGUUUUUUGUUUUCGUUUGGUUUUUCAGACAUGGUAUCCUUAUAGCCCCAGCUGACCUGACUUCUGUCUCACUGAGAGAUCCCCCUGCCUCUGCUUCCUGAGUGCUAGGAUUAAAGGCAGAUUAAAGGCAUGUGCCACCAUGCCCAGCUUUGCUGUUUAUUUUGUUUUUGGGACAGGAUCUAUUUUGCUAUGUAGCCCAGGCUGUGAACUGAAUCAGAAAUUCACCAUGUCUGGCUUUUUCUUCAAAUUUUAAUGGAGAAAGUAAGCCCAUGAACUUGUAUAAAGUACUGGAUUUUUCUUUUUAAACUGGAAAAUUCCUUUAUAUACUAUAUUAGAAAUCAGAAAAGGCAGGAGUGACUAGCAGGUAAACCAGAGACUUGGUGUUUGCAGCUCAGUGCUGGCUGUUGGUAGUGCUCCUGUGGGUGCAUUAGCCUUGGCUUUGUGCUGUGUGAGACCUGAUAGUAUUGCUUCAUCCUGACCUGGGAUCUGCCCUGUGAGUCUAGCAUUCCAAAAGGCAGCUGUAUGUGGCAAGUGGCUUAAGCACCAUUGAGGCACUGCUGCUGUUUCAAAGGCGCAAACUCCUGUCUUCUGGAACAUGCACCUUGACCAGCAAAUGUUUUCUUUCUCCUUCUUGGUUCACUUUAUCUUUUGCUUCUUGAGCUUGGGUCUUACCUCUGUAGUCUGGGCAAAAGACUGUAGCACUCUAUGGCACUCAAGCUCAUACCAUUCCUCCAGCCUCGGCCUCUCAAGUACCGAAAUUGCAAGUGUGAACAACCUUAUCUCGGACAGUAAUAAAUUUUUCACCACUGAACUUUCUCUCCUAAAAAUUCAUAUAUUUACCACUCUAUAAAAUAACAUGUAUACUAUACUAAAACACCAAAUCAGAGGUGGAGGGUGGCAUAAGAAAGAACUGCUGGAUCCCACAGAUGGCCUUGUGCACUUAGAAGCAAAUAUGUGAUUUCUCAUUUGAUUCUCAAAGAUACACACUUUUAGACGGGUUUGGUGGCACACGCUUUUAAUCCUGGCACUCUGGAGGCAGAGGCUAGCCUGGUUUACAUAGCAAAUUCCAGACCAGCUGGGGCUACAGGAAGACCCUGUCUUUAAAAAUAAAAAGCACUUUUGUGACAUGUGGAAAAAAAAAAAAUCUAGAAUAGAUUCAGAAUUUUCCAAGAGAACUUUGUUGUCAGGAUUUGAAACUUCCCGCUAAUUGUUUAAGAAUUCAUUAUCAAAUACUUUCUAAAGCCUCGUGCAGAUUUUUGACAGCCUGUUCUCUUUCAUCGUUGUAUUAUAAGUAAUGUAUUUAUUUUUCUAGUCUCACAAACUUCUUUUGGCCUUACAUUAUAUUUUACCAACAAAUUCACAAUUACUGUACGUUGCUUUAUGCUAAAGUAUAUGCCAACUUUGGCGGCUUUCUUGCUGCAUUAUAAAUUGCUUUUUAAAAAUCAUUCGGGAUAUUUCAGCAUCUGAAGGAAUGGUUUAUUUGAUGACCUGUUCUGUUCAUCACUUCAUUUAACCACAUGUGUAUUAUUUACCCAUGCCAGAAACUGGGAGUUGUACUGAGGUGCCAUUCUUUUGUUUGGAAAGGUGUGGAGACAAGUGCAGGCCUGAGUAGAAACCUGGGACUCAGAAUGGAUUUCUAAACCAAUAAGAUUGUCCGUGUUGCCACCUAUUGUUUGAGGGUUUCUAAGAUAGAGGUGAGCACCUGAGUGUUCGAUACACAGUGCUGAAAGCAGCUGGAGGGAGGCAUGAAUUGCCUCCAGUGGGCACUCUACAGAGAGUGGGUUCAAUGGAAAGUGUCUAGGAUCAGCGAGUACUCAGUGCUGGCCUUGCCCUGUCAUUUAUCGUAUGCUCUCAGAACUUCAUACUGAAGGUGAAGUGUCAUCUCUGAGUAGUGUUCUUGUGGCGGUAUGUCUUGUGUGUGGUGUAAGUGGUUACUAUCAGAGUCAUGUUUCCACCUGUACUCACAGCAUAUCUGAGAUGUGAGUCAUAGUGCAAGUGUCUAGCAAGUGAUAUCCAUCAAGCUGCUUUUCUGAAACAAGGUGUGACAGGUAGACAGAUUGCUAAAAGGAAGCCAUUUCUAAGAUGCUGUACUUGUGAAAUCCAGAGUGGUUUGUGGGAGAGGAAAUGUUGGGUUUUAACUGUCUACAGAAACCAAGAAAGUCAAGUUGUUGGCUAACACUUGAUUUGAUUCUGUGGUGUGAGGGCCUCACACGUGCUAGGCAAGUGACUGCCACCAAGUUUCACUCCCCUAACUUUUAAUGGCAACCUUAAUAGGGAAAUUCAUAAUGAAUACAGUCUUUUGAAUGUUAAUCUUUUGAGUGUAAUGCACACCAGGAAGUUUUAUGAAGUUAACUUGUCUUUGGAAUAUUUAGUUGGGAAACUAACACAUUUCUAAGUCAUUCUGAUAAUACUGGCCAAGUACAUACUGUGUAUGUAUUACUAAGUGUUGACCAGAGUGUAUAAAUCUAUUUUUCAGAGGGAGCAUACAUUCAUCCUGUAGGAUGGCUACUAGUCUAUUUUGUACUAAAACUGUUAAAUAAAACCCCAAACAAAAAAAACUGCUGCACUUUGCAGCUGCCACUUUUUAAAGAUAAUGCCUUGCUUGUUUCAGUUUUAAUGCAUAGAAUCAUAGGCCUUAAAGACCAGUUGUCAGCAGCUUAGUAAUAACAGUGCUUGGACAUACUCCUAAAUAGUCAUCUUAAACUGCUCUUCUAUGUUCACAUAUUGUUAAGCAAUAUGGACAUAUUUUCUUAAAACUUCUACAUUUACAUUUGUUUUUGUGUAAAACCUCUACUGGUUUGGGUUGUAAGCUUUUCAGGAGGUUUAUACUAGAAACAGUAUUCCUAGAAUAUAGGGUUCCAGGAUGGAUGGAUGGAUAUACUAGGAGAGGGCUUCUGACUUGUUGGCUUAAUUUACCCUUUAAACUCUAUAUUAAAGUAGCAUUAGCAGAAACCUCAGAGGGGUCCUGACCAAAUGAGUUCAGCUUUGCCUUGUUUGCAUCUCAGAGUUCCACUCUGAGUCUCAUCCCUCCAGGAAUUAUGAGCUGUGCUCAUACAGCCUGGGAUCUUCUGGAUAGGGCCAGAGUGGAGAUGGGUUAUUGUACUACCAGGGCCCGAGUGGCCUGAGGCCACUCUGAGCAGUGUUCCAAAGUGGGGAUGCUAUGUACUGCUGUCAGAUCACCUGGCACCUUCUUGGGCACUGUGUUAGUACUGUUUCUAAUAACUGGAAGCACUUAAUGAUUAUUUUGUUUAAUUUCAGCUUUAGGACAUUGAGGGUCAGAGAAGUAAGGUUUGUUUCUCAUUUCUGGUUUUGGGAACUUAGUUGAGUUUAGAGAAGGGAGAAACAGAUUACUGAAAUGUCCUCCUGGACUGUCAGCAGCCUCUUUUCUGUUAGAAAGAUUUAAAAUGACUUAUAAGCUUUUAAUAUUAUGCUUUGUAGAAAUUUAUUAUUUCAAAAGAUGGUUUGCAAUAGGCAGAUUACACUUAAAUUUGAAAAGUAUACAAUUGCGAGAGGUUUUUUUUGUUUGUUUUUUUUUUGUGGUUUUUUUCCCUCCCCUUUCCUAUUUAAUCACUGUUGCUUAUUGCCUGUUAUGUAGGGGACACAGUCCCUUCUGAGACAUUUCAUUGUUUGCUUGGAGACAGUAUUACCAAUGGUCUCUGGAUGGAUGACAUUCACUGCUUACAUUCACCAUGUAUGUGAUAGAAUAGCAUGCUUCUCAAACCUCCCUGUUCAGUAUCAGUAAAAUUAAGUAAAAUGCACAAAUAUAGAGAAUUUGACAUGACUUUGAUUACUGAAGGCCUGUUUACUUGAUUUGGCUUUGGGUUUUUCUAAUUGCAUUUAUGUAUGUAUCCCCCCUUUGUUUGGUUUAUCUUUGUGGGGAGGAAAGACUAAGUACAGAGCUCUAGGCCUGGAAGCUCAUACCGGUGAUCCCAACACUUGAGUAGUGCAGGAAGGAGGGUUAGAGUUCAGUCAUCCUCAGCUACAUAAUGAGUUUGAGACCAGCCUGAGCUACAUGAGAGCCUGCCUAAAAGAGCAGCAGCCAAGAGAACUUGGUACUCUUUCAGAGGACCAGAGCUUGGUUCUCAGUACCCAUGGGGUGGUUCAAAACCACCUGUAUGUAACUCUCACUCCAAGGGAUCUGACACCCUCUUCUGGCCUCCACAGGCACCCACACACGGCACACACACACACAUAAACACACACUUGAAUUUAAAAAGAGAAGAAGCCUUAGUCCAUUUUACUACUGGUUAACUUUGGCUGUAAACAGAAAAUUUGGGGUUAAAUUUCUUGGAAUUAUAUUCUUUAUUCACCAAAUAUUCAAAUUGACUUUUUAAAAAAGUAGGGUUUACUUGUUUUGUUUUUUAUGAGCUUGAUCUUGUGUUAUUCAGGCUGACUUUAAACUCCUGGUUACAACAGUCCCUUCCCCAUCAGCUCCUGAGUAGCUGGGGCUGCAAGUUUGUAUUACCAUGUCUAACUUAAUGUUGCACAUUAAACUCCUGGUUAUAACAGUCCUUCCCCUGUCAGCUCCUACGUGUCUGGGGCUGCAGGUUUGUGCUGCCUUGUCUAACUUAAUGUUGCACAUUGAAGAAAAACCUAAUAAUUUCCCAUGGGUCCUACUAGAUCUUUUUAAAAAGACCCUCUUAGGCUGUGGGUGUGGCUUGAUGGGUAGAGUGCUUGCCUGGCAUACACUAAGCCCUGAGUUUGAUCCCCAGUACCACAUAAACUGGGCACGAUAGCACAUGCCUUUAAUCCCAGCACUGGGAUGGUAAAGACAUCAGAAUCAGGAGUUCAAGGUCAUCCUUGGCUACACAGCAAGUUUGGGGCCUGCCUAGGAUACAAGACCCUGUCUUGGGGGAGGGGGUGGGGUUGCUGAGUGUGAUUAAUGGGAAAUAACCACAGAUUAUUUUAAAUUUCAUGUGCUAAGUGGUUGAGCCACAGUGAACCUGACAGUAUACUGGGUAAGGUAUGAACAUCACUUAAAAGGCAAAUGGUCUUAAAUAACAGACUCCUAAUUUUCACUCAGCUGAUCCAUAAUUAAGAAAAAAAGAGCAUGUGUUCUGCCGUUACUGCAGUGUAUUCACAUAGGGGAGAGGUGCUUUUUCUGAGGGUAGGAUGACUGGUAAAGAUCUGACAAGGUCCUCUACACCUUAUAAGAGCUCUUGCCUGUGUCCAUCCCACCCUCACCUCACACGUUUUAUUGAAAUACGUGUCUCAUAAUACCCAGUGUCUACCACUUUGAAUAGGUAUUUAGAUAAGGUGUAAGUACAUACCUACUCAAAAGUAUAACUUAAGGUGUUACUAACAAGAUGUAUUAAUUUUAGUUUAUAUUAAGGAAACCUGCUAAGUAUUAAAAUCAUUUUUUUCUUUUUUCCAAGAAAAGCAAUUAAAAUAGGAACUGCUAACAAUUAAAUUUCAGUUGGUCAUACAGUUGAACAGAAACCGUCAUCUGGGUAAUAAGCAGGGACAUUUGACUGGUAGAGACAAAGGGAUGCUGAUUUAAGGCUGACUAAACCAAUGUAGAGUCUUGAAUUCUGUCUCUGGGGGACAAAGAAACUUCACAGAGUUUGGGGAAGUGGGGCCAAGGAUGGGCGGGCACUCAGAGGGCUUCCUAACACAUUUGUGCCGUCUCCAGCCUUGCAAAGAGGUUGUUCUGACAAACCAGUAGGGUGAUCCUUAUUUCUGUUGCUUUCUAAGCUUUAUGCAAAAACUUUGUUAGAUUCUAUAAUGGUCAUACGUAUUUUAAGAGAAAGGAUACAUUUUAAAAAACUAUUUUAUGUAAGAACUGACAAGAAUGUGCUUUGUCUAGUGGAAGCUGGCUUUAAGAAAGCACUGUAGCAGAUUUACUCUUAAGUCCAGAGUUAUACAGAUCUGUUCAUAGAUAUAUGUGCAGCUAAAUGUGGACAACAAUUGUAUUUUUUUAAAAUAAAUAUUUUUA